UUCUUUCAAAGUCCUAUUCUCGCCAAAAAAUGUUUCAAAAUGACUUUGAAACAGAGUGAACAACCAUUUAGUUUUUGAUGCUGCGCUAGAGCCGUUUCCAGUGACGAAAAUGAGGGGAGGAAGUUGUCAUGGCGAAAUGAGACGCUGAACUAUCAACAUGCAAUAACGAACUAAAAGCGCUAAUGGCGGGCACAAGUCUUGGCGAAAUUCUGCAACAAUUCUCUUUAGAGAAGUAUUAUGAGACAUUUACCUCAGUUGGGAUACAAAACACAUCACACUUGCUGGCUUUGACUAUGCAAGAUUAUCCAACUUUGGGGAUAACCUCGAUGCAAGAUCGAAGAAAAAUGUUUCAUUUGAUUCAAAACGUCAAAGACAAAGAAAAUUUGACAUCAAAGCCAAUGAUCUCUAAAGGCAAUCAGUUUGCAAAGAGAAAAGACAAAGAGCAUGCCAAGGAGCAAGGUCAAACACCUAUGCAAACACCUGUUCAACCAAAGACAACACCUUUCAGAAACCGUAAUGUCACCACUCCAAAUAUGCACAACUUCAGCUAUGGCAUCCCGUCAUCAAAGCUAAAACCUUCAACAUCAAAAUCAAAAAUUGACAGUUCUAACAUUAAAGUCUGUGUGAGGAAAAGGCCACKKGGKAGUGAUGAAAUAGAGCUUGAGGCAGAUAUUGUUAAUGUUGAUGMMGAAAGUUCUGAGGUGGUCAUAAAUGCACCAAAAGUAGCCGUAGAUCUUACACAAUACAUGCAGAAGUUUUCAUUUGUGUUYGAUGAAGUCUUUGAUGAGAGUUUCUCAAACCAUCAAGUCUAUGAGAAAACAGCUAAACCACUUGUAAAUGCAAUCUUCACAGAGGGUGCAAAAGCAACUUGUUUUGCUUACGGGUGUACAGGUAGCGGUAAAACCUAUACUAUGCUCGGCACUGACAAUGUACCAGGGCUAUAUCUACUUGCUGCAAGUGAUAUUUUCAAUAUAUUGUACUCUGGUAACCAUGGUAAUGACCUUGGCCUUUGGGUGAGCUUCUACGAGAUUUACUGUGGACAACUCUUCGAUUUACUCAACGAGAGAACAAAACUAUUUGCAAGAGAAAAUGCAAAUCACCAAGUUUGUAUUGUGGGUCUCACUGAAAGACAAGUAAAAAAUGUUGAAGAACUAAUGGAGGUAAUAGAAAGUGGAGGGAACUCAAGAAGUACUGGCUCAACUGGAGUAAAUGCUGAUUCCUCAAGAUCCCAUGCUAUCCUUCAAUUAGACCUUAAACAUGAUCAAGAARGGGGGUCAUUAGGGAGGUUUUCCUUCAUUGAUCUUGCUGGAAGUGAACGAGCAGCAGACGUCACCGAUUCUGACAAGCAAACAAGAAUGGAGGGAGCUGAGAUUAACCAAAGCCUUUUAGCUCUUAAAGAAUGCAUAAGAUCUCUAGACCAGGACUCCAGRCACACACCAUUCAGGCAAAGCAAACUUACACAGGUAUUAAAAGAUUCAUUUAUUGGCAACACAAGGACGUGUAUGAUUGCUAAUGUGUCACCUUGUCARUCAUCCUGUGAAAAUACUCUAAACACUCUUCGAUAUGCUGACAGGGUAAAAGAGCUCAACAAAAAUGUUGCACCUGAUUCUUUGUCACCAAGACCUGUAACAGUUCACGGAAAUAUUAGAAAAGAUACUAACAGUCAUAUGACAAGAGUGACCAAUAGUUCAMUGAAGAAUAAACCUCUGGGAAAGUCUUUAAAUUUAAAUAGCACUGAAGGAACUGACAGUGAAAACACAAGAAACAAAAGAACUCCCAAGACAAAAAGCAAAACAGUCUUGAAGUCACUUCAGAUUCCUCCAAAUACACCAAGACAAAACYCCUUACUACUUUCAAGACCUGAAACUUCGCCUGCAGUUAUCAGAGAGGGGACUUAUAAACCAAGGAGUCAAAGUAGACUUCACCAAUUGAGUAAAGAGCAAUCUUAUAAUAUGUCAAAAACAAACCAGCAAGUUUGUCUUCAAGAAAAAUCCAAUAAAGAUGGAAAUAUUCUGAACRAGACACAAAUGAKAGACAAUAAAACAAGUAAGYCUGUUUUAAAUGGUGAAAACAGAACAGAAAGUGUUAAAUAUUCCAAAACAAAGCCAAAGUCUUUUGGUUUUCAAGCAAGAAAUACUGAUUUAAACCAAAGURGUUUACCCAUAGAACAAGAGGAAAAGACUGGGAUUCAAAAUGUCAGGUUUUCGGGCAAUAGAAGRCAAAAUAUCCAGAGGAACAGACUUGAAGUUUUUCCUAACAAAAACAUAAUUGAAGAAGUAAAAGAUGGACCAAGCACUCCAAAGCUAAGAGCAGCUAAUACUCGAAAAAUUAAUAGUCAACAGCAACAUGCUCAAAAUACUAGGAAACAAAGCAACAAACUGACUUCACAUGAUAACAAACCUCACUUUCCACAACAUGAAAAUCCAACAGAAAGACCUCAAACUCCAAAACUAAGACCAAAAGAUAAACUAAAAAACACCAGUCAACAGGAAAAUGAUCAUACUGUUAAGAYRAGAAACAACCACAYGACUUCAAACAAUGAUAAACAACCAAACAAUCAAAAAUAUGAUAUCCUAAAGCUUGAUGCAGGGACUGAGACUUUGCUUAGUCUGCAAGGAAAUGUSGCAAAUUUCCCAGAUGAACAGAAUCAAAUGCCAAUGGAGAAGGCUCACCAAGAACUAAAACAGCCYAAGUUUGAAGUCAAAUCAAAAACWUCUCCAGAUGCUCCACUGUCUAAUCAUCGCUACAGUAAAGGUAUCAAGGCUAGGUUAGCACAACUGUUUACGAGCAAAAACGCAAUGAAUUCUGGAGAUUUGUCUGAUCACAAGGAUACUGUGACUUUGUCAUCUUCUUCAAGAAAUGAAASAGCUCCUGUACAACAAGGUUUGGCAGAAAGCAUCAAACACAGAGUCAUAUCAGAAGAACARUUAAUAGCUGCACAUCACACRCAACUGGCAAUGAUCACAAGUCUWUGUCAUGAAGAAAUGGUUUUACUCAAACAACGGGAAAGUCAGGAUUUUUCAGAGUACAUAGCUCAAGUUGAAGAUAUUUUACUCCAGAAGCAAACAUGCAUCCAAAAUCUACAGGAAAAACUACGAAACUGGAAAUCAUCUUUACACCAAUGAGAAAAGUGACCAUUUUAUUCUAAAAAAGCAAUA